GCCAAGCAUCUCUCGUACAUCUUCUACGUGAAAAGCUGAGUAAUCGUUAUUGUUUUUCUAAUCUUUUGUCUUUGUUGCCUACUAAUUAUCUCUUCUGUUUGCACACACGCACACAGGAGCCCCGCGACCGUUGCACGUUUGACGAUACAAGCAGCGCAACUUCGGUGAUCGUGUACACCAAUCUUCUACGUAUCUCUCCCAUUUAUACGUGUGCGUGCAAAUACCAAUCGCACGAAAGGAGAAUAAGUGUCAUCCUUUUGAAGUGUAACCGAAAGCGAUGCCUGGUGAUCUUGCCCUCGAGAAAGGUGACCCGUGGCGGUGGGUGGUGCUGGGCAUGUUCUGCCUCUUCAGCUGCUCCAACGCAAUCCAGUGGAUCACCUACUCCUCCAUCGCUGGCCCCGCACGCGUCUUCUUCAACCUCACCACGAAUGAGCUGAACUUGCUGUCCUCCGUGUACAUGAUCGUGUUUGUUGUCGGCGCCUACUUCACCUGCACCACCUUCGAGCGGUGGGGCGUCCGCCUGGGUGUGUUGAUCGGCUGCGGUCUGAAUGCGCUAGGGUCUAUUCUGAAGGUAGCGCCGGCUCUGAUGAAGCCAACGUACUCCACGCUGAUCUGGCCGCAGGCGCUGAACGCCAUUGCCCAGCUCUUUGUGCUCUCCACGCCACCUCUCAUCGCUGCCCAGUACUUCGCCCCGCAUCAGCGCACCUUUGCAACGGCCGUCGCGUCCACUGCGAACAGCUUAGGCAACGCCAUUGCCUUAUUCGUGCCUCCGCUGAUCGUCAAGAGCGGUACCAAGAACGAAUUUAUGUUGCUCUUCUGUCUUGAGAUGGGCCUCUGUGUCUUGGUCACGGUUGGUGCCGUCUUCUUUCUGCGGUCGCCGAGCUACAAGGCGCCGAGUCGCGCGCUGUUGGGGAACUUGAGCUCUGCUCCGGGCAGCAGCCGGGCCAGCGAACGCACUGUGUCACGUCGCCCGUCCGGGCUGGGUCGCGGCCAGCGCGAGGAGGUCGAGGCGGAGCUCGAUGAGCCGCUGAACGGGCUGGGGGGUGGCGGCUUCGUGGAUGACAUCUGGAGCCGCAGCCGCAGCAGCAACACCCGCAGUGACCAUGGUGCGGAGAACACCGCGGCGACUCGUCCACCUACUCGUGAGGAGUCGAAGACGGCACCGAAGAACUGUGUGGUGUCUGUGGAAGCCACGCCGGCAGCUGCGGCGAGGUCCGAUCUCCGACCUUGCCGCAACGGAUCCGCGGCCGUUUUUGCUCGCCCGGACGGCGCCGCCAAGCCUGCUCUCGGCAUCAGCCAAAGCGUCCAGGACGGUGUGGUGGAGCAAAGCGCCCCCUCCAACCGAGUUGGCCCGCAGCAGCCCCAGCAAACACAAGAAGAGGACUCUCUGGCAACUUGUCGGAUUCCACGAGCACGUCGCCACUUUUCUCGAGGUGGGCCGCAACGUCGGUCUUCUCUUCCGUCGCCACAGCUUUGUAUUUCUGCUCGGUGCCUUCAGCAUCAGCAUGGGCAGUGUCUGGACCUACGCGUCGGUGCUGACGCAGAUUCUGGAGCCCUAUGGGGUGUCGGCUGA